AUGGCAUAUGAAAGGAAGAAUUUCAGGCAAGCAACCUCAUCUUGUUGUUUGUUUUAUACUCUUUUUCAUAUCUUUAUUCCUGCUUCUGCUGCUGCAAUUCAUUUUGAGACGAGAAACCUUACCUUCCUCAGAGAACUCAAUAUUCAGGAUAACAAUUUUCAUGGUAUGAUUCCUGAAGAAAUAUUUAGCAUAUCAAGAAACAAUCUAGGUGGAAAUAUUCCAUCUGAGAUUUGUCGGCUUUCAAAUCUGCAUGUCCUUGAGCUGUCCUCAAAUAAACUUUUAGGUGCAGUUCCUCCUCAGCUCUACAACAUUUCGACUCUCCAGAUCUUUUCUAUUACUAACAAUCUAUUAAGUGGACAGUUUCCUGUUACUGUGGGAUUGACUCUUCCAAACCUUACUUUAUUUUUGGCUGAUUUGAACCUAUUCUUUGGAUCAAUUCCCACUACAUUAGCAAAUGCUUCAGGGCUCAUAAAAAUUAGCAUAGGAGACAAUUCACUCACAGGAUCAAUUCCACAAAAUCUUGGUAGCCUGAGAGAACUUCAGGAGCUUUAUCUGUCUGAAAAUAGUUUCACAGGAGAAAUCCCUUCAACAAUCGGUGACAUUUCUGAACUACAGAUUCUUGUAUUAGAACAGAACAUGCUUACAGGUAACAUUCCUGUUUCUUUGAGUAACUGCAGUAACUUGCAAGGAUUUACUGUUAGUCAGAAUCGCCUAAGUGGAGCUUUACCUAAAGAACUUCUUGGUCUUUCAUCUCUCUCUCUUGGCCUCCUCUUAGCUCAAAACCAAUUCACCGGAUCAUUACCAUCAGAAGUUGGCAAUUUGAAGAAUCUUGUGUCAUUGGAUAUUUCAGAAAACAAAUUAUCUGGUGAAAUUCCAACCUCUAUUGAUGGUUGUGAGAUGUUGGAAUAUCUUCGGUUGAAAGGUAACUUUUUGGAAGGCUCUGUACCUUCUACUUUAGGAGAAUUGAUAAGCAUUCAGGUCAUAGAUCUAUCUCAGAAUAAUUUGUCAGAGCAAAUUCCAGCUUCUUUGGCAAAAUUAAAAUUCAUCAGCACUCUAAAUCUUUCCUAUAAUAUGCUAGAGGGUGAAGUGCCAAUGGAUGGGAUCUUUGCAAACUCUAGUGCCUUUUCAGCACUGGGGAAUGGAAAGCUAUGCGGAGGAAUCAAAGCAUUGAACUUAUCAUCUUGUCCGAAACCUACCAAAAAGAAAGCAAAGCUGUCUACUCCUAUAACUAAGAAGCUCAAAACAACAAUUACCUUUUACCUCUGCAGCAGAAAAACAGAAUCAGAAGCUCUCUCAUAUGCAGAAUUAUAUGAUUCCACCAAUGGUUUUUCUUCAGAAAAUUUGAUUGGUGAAGGUAAAUAUGGCUCUGUUUACAAAGGGGUCCUCAAACCUGGUGAGCAAAUGGUUGCUGUUAAGGUUCUUAAGCUCCACCAACAUGGUGCCCAUAAGAGCUUCUUGGCUGAAUGUGUAGCGUUGAGAAACAUCCGCCAUCGAAACCUCGUCAAGAUCAUAACCUCUUGUUCAAGUUUAGACUUCAAACACAACGAUUUCAAAGCUUUGAUUUUCGAAUAUGUGCCCAAUGGAAGUUUAGAGAAUUGGUUACAUCCAAGUUCAGCUGAGGAAGAAGGACAAAGCCUAAUGAAGCUCCAGUUGAUACAAAGACUGAAUAUUGCAAUCGACAUUGCCUCCGCCUUGGAUUACCUUCAUAACCAUUGUGGGACACCGAUUAUCCAUUGUGAUCUAAAGCGGAGCAACAUACUUCUAGGUGAUGAUUUUCGCGCCAUGGUUAGUGAUUUUGGCCUGGCAAAAUUUCUUUCCUUCAUUGAAGGUAAAUCCCAUCAACAUCAAAGCAACUCAGUAGCAAUUAGAGGAACAGUUGGAUAUGUUGCUGCAGAAUAUGGCAUGGGUGGAGAGGUAUCAACACAAGGAGAUGUAUACAGCUAUGGUAUUCUAUUGCUUGAAUUGUUUACAGGGAAAACGCCUACUGACAGCAUGUUCACAGAAGAUUUUAGUCUCCAUAGUUAUGUUAAGAUGGCUCUUCCCCAUCAGGUAAUGGAAAUUGUUGAUCCAAAGAUCUCAAUGGAAGCAGAAUCCAUAGCAGGUAUAAUCACCAAAACAAGCAAAGGCGGCAGCAUCAAUCAGGAGGAACGCUACCUAUCGAUGUUUUGGAUUGGUGUUUCAUGCUCUUCAGAAAUUCAGAGGGACAGGAUGAAUAUUAAAGAUGUCCUCAGUGGAUUACAAGCAAUCAGGAAUGAGUUUAUUCAGGUUAUAAAUGAGAGCCAAAUGAGAUGA